AUUACUGUGUAGAGUUAGGCGGAUCAUCUCCUUGCCCAUACAGUACUGCCUUCUUCGUACCAGGUUCAAUUCCACCCUUCUUUACGAAGCAGAGCACUAUACGCACACAUACCUCGGUAGGCAAUAGGGAGGCUCGACCUCUCUGUUUAUGUGGCAGGGUCAAGCUCCCUGCCGUGUUUUGGUUGGGACUCGUCUCAGAGAUCACAACUGCCUUCUUUCGGUUAACCCCCUUUCCUGGCUUACGCUUCUCGAAGUCAGCAAGGCUAGCCUGUCCAAGCCAAGGCCCAGUUCCCGCCGUUUCCCAUGGGAGAAUUCGUCAAAAUGGGCUCUCUGGGCUCUCCUCUACAUGGCACGACACUUCUUGCUGCUCCUGAUGUGCGCUCAGUGGCAUGUGGUUAAAAGGGGCCGGGCCGCCACGCGUCUGGGCCAACUUCAUGCUCCUCGAACACGGCAUAGUCUCAGCGCAACCGGACCUCACGCGUAGCAAGAGCCCCUCGCCGCUAACACCACAAUCCUCUCCCCAAAAUAACCCCUAUGCUGCUCCUCAUCCACAAGUGGCGCUUGU